UUCACCGAAACGCAGACACGCUUCCUAAUCUAUAGCACUCUUCCUCAUUCUCUCUGUAACUUGUUUUGUUUUUUUACCCUCUUAGAGAAGAAGAAGAAGAAGAAGAAGAAGAGAGAGUAAUGGCCUCGAGUGCUUAUAGAAAUGGCACUUCAAAGGGAGCACCAAAGCCUCUUGCUUCAUAUACAAAAUCAUCGUCUUUUAAAUCCAGGCUCCAUCCGUCGCAGUCCUCAGGUGCCGUCCUUCGCCGCAGUUCGUACGGUCAAAACGCUGCCGCUGCUGCCGGAGAUGAUGGAGUACCUGGAAGAGUUCGAGUGGCAGUAAGGUUGCGGCCCCGAAAUGCGGAAGAGUUGGUGGCAGAUGCUGAUUUUGCUGAUUGUGUGGAAUUGCAGCCAGAGCUUAAAAGAUUGAAAAUACGAAAAAACAAUUGGGACUCUGACACUUACGAGUUUGAUGAGGUGCUUACUGAAUUUGCAUCGCAGAAGCGUGUCUAUGAAGUUGUUGCUAAGCCUGUUGUGGAGAGUGUUCUGGAGGGUUACAAUGGGACUGUGAUGGCAUAUGGUCAGACUGGUACUGGCAAAACUUUUACUGUUGGACACCUGGGCGGUGAUGAUACAUCAGCUCGUGGGAUCAUGGUUCGUGCAAUGGAGGACAUUUUAGCAGAUGUUUCUCUGGAUACGGAUUCUCUCUCAGUCUCAUAUUUGCAGCUUUAUAUGGAGACGAUCCAGGACCUCCUUGAUCCAGGUAAUGAUAAUAUUACCAUAGUGGAGGAUUCAAAAACUGGUGAUGUUUCGCUGCCUGGGGCAACUAUUGUAGAAAUCAGGGACCAGCAAAGUUUUGUCGAGCUGCUGAGAUUAGGAGACGCUCAUAGAAUUGCUGCGAAUACAAAAUUGAAUGCCGAAUCUUCUCGUAGUCAUGCUAUUCUAAUGGUUCAUGUUAAAAGGUCGGUUGGAGGAGGAGAAGAUGCUUUCUCUAGUGAAGUUGAUAAUUCCUCUCACUUGGUCAAACCUGUGAAGCCACUUGUUCGGAAGAGCAAGCUGGUUCUGAUAGAUUUGGCAGGGUCAGAACGUGUUCACAAGUCAGGAAGUGAGGGGCAUAUGUUAGAAGAAGCUAAGUCUAUCAAUCUCUCACUUAGUGCAUUAGGGAAGUGCAUAAAUGCACUUGCAGAGAAUAGUGCUCAUGUGCCAGUUCGUGAUUCAAAACUUACUCGGUUGCUCAAAGAUUCAUUUGGAGGCACAGCAAGAACUUCAUUAAUUGUAACCAUUGGCCCUUCACCACGCCACCGAGGAGAGACUACAAGCACUGUAUUGUUUGGACAAAGGGCUAUGAAGGUGGAGAACAUGUUGAAAAUAAAGGAAGAGUUUGAUUACAAAAGUUUAUCUAGAAAGCUUGAAAUACAAGUGGACAAGCUUAUUGUGGAGAAUGAAAGGCAGCAAAAAGCUUUUGAUGAUGAAGUUGAAAGAAUAAAUCAAGAAGCAGAAAAUCGUAUUACUGAGGUUGAAAGGAGCUUUGCAGAAGCCUUACAGAAGGAGAGGCUAAAGUGCCAGAUGGAAUAUAUGGAAUCAGUAAAGAAGCUGGAGGAAAAGAUGGUGGCCAAUCAGAAAAAGCAUGAUCGUGAUAGCUUCCUCAAUGAAAAAUGCAAUGGAGAGGUGCUGGGUACUUCUACUUCUGAAGAAGUUUCUGAGAUAAAAAAGUUGCUUCAAAAUGAAACUCAGCUAAGAAACACAGCCGAAGAAGAGGUCAAGAAGCUUAAGAGUCAGUUAGAGAAUUUUAUGCAAUCUAUGGCAGGUGGAGAUGCGGAGAUUGUAAAGGUUCACAGAAUGCUGGAAGAUGAGACUCAUAAAAAUAAGAAACUGGAAGAAGAUAUUUUGAUUCUACAAAGUCAGUUAUUGCAAUUAACUGUUGAAGCUGAUCAGACAAGACGACAUCUUGACAGAGGUGGAUCUGGAAAUGCUUUUGCUGGUUUAGAUUCUUUUGUAUCUCAAAUGAGGCAUUCUCAGUUUAAAGACUCUGCAAAUGGGCAAAAGGCACCAAUGGCCACACUUUUUGAACAAGUUGGAUUGCAAAAGAUUUUGUCAUUGCUCGAGUCUGAAGAUGCCAAUACACAAAUUCAUGCAGUAAAAGUGGUAGCUAACCUAGCAGCCGAAGAAGCAAAUCAGGAAAAGAUUGUUGAAGCUGGUGGUCUUACUUCCUUGCUGAUGCUUCUUAGAAGCUAUGAGGAUGAUACUGUUCGCAGAGUUGCGGCAGGUGCAAUUGCCAAUCUUGCGAUGAAUGAAGCUAAUCAAGAGCUUAUUAUGACUCAAGGGGGGAUCAGUUUAUUAUCUAUGACAGCAGCUGAUGCUGAGGAUCCUCAAACUCUUCGCAUGGUAGCUGGAGCUAUUGCAAAUCUGUGUGGAAAUGAUAAGCUACAAAUGAAGUUGAGGUCUGAAGGUGGGAUAAAGGCCUUACUAGGAAUGGUGAGAUGUGGACAUCCUGAUGUUCUCUCCCAAGUUGCACGUGGGAUUGCAAACUUUGCAAAAUGCGAGUCACGAGCAUCCAUGCAAGGGUUACCCUCCACAGGAACGAAGGGUGGUAGAUCCCUCCUCAUAGAAGAUGGUGCACUUCCGUGGAUUGUACAAAAUGCUAAUAGUGAAGCUUCACCAAUCAGACGCCACAUUGAGCUUGCCCUGUGCCACUUGGCACAGCAUGAAGUAAAUGCAAAGGACCUGAUUGGUGGAGGUGCACUGUGGGAGCUAGUUCGUAUCUCACGGGACUGUUCUCGAGAGGACAUAAGAAGUCUUGCUCGCCGAACUUUAAAUUCAAGCCCUUCCUUCAGAGCUGAAAUGCGGAGGUUACGGAUAGAGUGCUGACUGUAGUAGUAAUUCCUGCGUCAGUCAAUCGUAAUAGUGCUCAUGCCAAGGAAUCUUGCUUUACGAUUCUGUUUGGAUUCAUCAAGAGCCAUACUUGAUUCAUCAUGCUGAAUGAGAGGCAUGAUGUUCAAGUCAUAAUCCUGCUGGCAAGUUUUGUGCAAAGAGGCGAGGUCCUGUUAUGUAAUCUGUUAUUUUAGUUUCUAUGUUGAGCUAGCAUAUCAAUAUUUUUUUUUCUUGAUAACAAGAAGAAAAAGAGAGAGGUAGUGAAGGAAAUUCUGGGAGCUGGUUUUGUAGCUGGAGGAACUAGUUGAAUUCAAAAUUACGUCUUGGCUUAGGUGGGAAUUAAGCUGAACUUCAGCAGCUUUGUACAUUGAUCCGUGAGGAAAAUGGAUGGGGAACACAAGGCUCAUUUCCCUCCCUCUCCCAAAAAGAAGGUAAUAGUAAUAUCUUCAAAUCUAUUCAUCAAAA